GCAUGGAAGAAACGCUGGUUUGUCCUGCGCAGUGGUCGGAUGAGUGGCGACCCCGAUGUCCUGGAGUACUACAAAAAUGACCACUCCAAGAAACCUUUGCGUGUGAUCAACCUCAAUUUCUGUGAGCAAGUGGACGCAGGCCUAACCUUCAAUAAGAAGGAGCUGCAAGACAGCUACAUCUUUGACAUCAAGACCAGUGACAGGACCUUCUACCUGGUGGCUGAGACUGAGGACGACAUGAACAAGUGGGUUCGCAGCAUCUGCCAGAUCUGUGGCUUCAACCAGUCCGAGGAGAACACAG